AUGUCUACCGCCUCGACUGCCGAUCCCGCGCCUACCCAGCCGCCUCAGGGCAACCAGGGCAAUGGCAAUUCUGGUGGACCUACCAGCUCGCCCCUGCUGUUCUUCGUCGCACUAGGUUUUGGUGUCGUCUUCACAAACCUGUGGAUCAUCGUCGGUGUCAAAUACUGCUUCCGCUAUAAUCGUCGCCGCGCCGCUGCCGCAAAUGGCCAAAUCGAGCCCAUCGACCUCACGGCCAUGCCUCGUCCGCAUCGAAGGCGACGGGAAAAGAAGCUCAUGACCAUGGAGGAAGUCAACGAGCGCUUCCCCCUGAUCAAGUACAAGAUGUGGAAGUCCAGUCGUGAGACACAAGGGCUGCCAUCGAGUGGAGGCAUAGCAACCGCACCGCAGAGCAGAGCCGGAAGCCUCAAGGAUGUCGAGGGUAUCAUUUCAGCAAAGGAGGAAGGCUCUAGCCCACGGCCUGACACGGCGCUCUCCAUGGCUCGCGAGGAUCAUGCUGCCACGACCACGCCUGCGCCCAAGACAUCACCACGGGCAAGCGUAGAUAGGAAAGAAGGCGUAGACAACGCUCCAGUCAAGCAGAGGGAUGGAGAGAAGUCGCCUACGAAGACAGAGGUCUCCGAGACUACGCAUACCCCCACCCCCAACGCCAACGUCCGCGAACGAGAAGACGACUCGGACGACGAUGACGACCCCAUUGCCACAGCUGCUGCUCCAGAAAUGCUCGCUGAUCCUGGUGACACCUGCGCCAUCUGUAUCGACACGCUAGAAGACGAUGACGACGUCCGUGGACUAGCUUGUGGCCAUGCCUUCCACGCUAGCUGUGUCGACCCUUGGCUCACCAGCCGACGAGCCUGCUGCCCGCUUUGUAAAGCAGACUACUACAUCCCCAAGCCCCGCCCAGAAGGCGAAACCGAGCCUGCCAGCGGUCGUCGCUCCGUCGCGGUCCUCGCCUCACCGCAGGCCGUCUGGACGACCACACGAGGCAACCCUUUUUCACGCUCCCGCGUCGUCAUCAUGAAUAACCAGGCUAGCCCAGCAAGUCAGACGACGGAGCGUACCGACCGCUUUGGGCGAUUGAGAGGGCCCAUUCGUCCGGGGCGCGCCGGUUUAGAUAACGGGACGACAACGACUCAGCUGGCGGAACAAGUUAGUGGGACAUCGACCUGGCGACCAAGAUUCCACAUUGCUCGUCCCCAAGGUCCUACACUCUCCAACUGGUUCGGACGGAACCCCAACGCUACCAAUGAGUCGAGUGCAUCGCCACCCUCACAAGUCACGCCCGGUCAGCUCGAAGCUGGUAACCGGUAG